AUGUCUGUUCUGAGGAAGCUGAUUCUCUAUGGCCUUACCUUGUCAGGGUGCUCGGCCGUGGCAUCCGCGGCUGAUGGUCGUCCAGAGGUGACAGUCAAGAAUGGCACCUAUACGGGCGUGUACAGUGCAUUCUACCAGCAGGACUUCUUUCUCGGGAUGCCUUAUGCUCUGCCCCCGAAACGCUUCACCGUCGCGGAAGGUCUGCGAACAUCAUGGACAGGUAGUCGCGAUGCCGUUGAUUAUCCCCUCCACUGCGUGGGUUAUGGAGGGGAUGACGUCGGUUAUGCUGUUUCUGAAGAUUGCCUGUAUCUCAACGUCAUUCGUCCUACGGGGGUCCGAGAAACAUCUAGCCUGCCCGUCGCGGUCUGGAUUCACGGUGGCGGACUCUAUAUGGGCGGGAGCGCGGAUAAAAGGUACAACCUGUCCUUCAUUGUCGACCAUAGCGUCAAGAUGGGUGUACCCAUAAUAGGAGUCAGUCUGAACUACAGACUUUCGGCUUUUGGGUUCCUGGCUGGAGGCGAGGCCGCGCAAUCAGGCGCAACCAACUUGGGCUUCCGCGAUCAACGGUUGGCUUUGCAAUGGAUUCGCGAGAAUAUCGGGGCUUUUGGCGGCUCACCGGAAAAAGUGACCGUGUUCGGCGAGAGCUCCGGCGCGGAGAGCGUAUCCGCGCAGGUUCUGGCCUACAACGGUCGCGAUGACGGGCUCUUUCGUGGUGCGAUCGCACAGUCCGGGUUUGGUGGACUUCUCAGAAGGUAUCCCGGCGGCUUCAAUGACACAGAUCUCAUGCAGACUACGUACGAAAAACUCGUGCGCAAUACGUCGUGCGCACCACUAGUCGGCACGGUGAGAUCGUUGGACUGCCUUCGACGGGCCCCCCUUGCUGAGCUCAACUACGCGCUGAACGUGUCGAAGAUAGGGCCUUGGCCACCGGUCUUGGAUGGCGAUUUCUUUCAAGACUUUCCGACUAAUCAGCUAUCGAAUGGAAAGUUCCGACAGGUGCCUGUGCUCAUAGGAUCGAAUACUGAUGAGGGAACCGCCUUUGGGAAUCCCACAGCCGUCUUUGGGCACCCGGUCAACUCGGAUGAGGACCUGCGACGAGGUUUGCAGAAGCGCCUGGUGUCGAAGCAGACGACAGCGGAAAUUAAUGGGCUCGUGGAUGAGCUACUGUUCCUAUAUCCAAAUAUUCAGUCCGUCGGCAUCCCGUCACUAAAGACUUGGCCGCAUGUCAUCCAGCCCAACGACAGCUAUGCAAAGACGCUAGGGACCCAAUACAGACGCAACACUGCCAUAUACGGAGACCUAACCAUUCAUUAUAUGCGGCGCCGCGCUAGUCUGGCUUGGUUCAAACAUGGGCUGCCCAGCUAUGCUUACCGAUUCGACGUCACGGUCAACGGACUGCCGCCAAGCAUUGGUGCUAGUCACUUCCAGGAGGUUGCCUUUGUAUUUCUCAACUUCAACGGCGAUGGGUACGCCGUAAACCCCUUCGGAGGGGACAACAAAGUGUACACGGCCAAGGCCAAGGCGUUGGCAACCACUAUGGCCACCGCCUGGGUGAACUUCUUUCAUCACCUGGACCCGAACGGGGUAACCGGUCUCGCUCUUAAUGAUGCCUCAGCGUGGCCGAAGUACGACACUGGAGCAGGCGGCGGCGUUGGGCAGGAUGUUGUCUGGGAACUGGAGGGCGGCGCCAUCGAGAUUGACGAUUGGCGGGCGGCAGGACUCGAAUGGAUGAUGGAUCACGCGCUCUCGGUGUUUGGCAAUUGA